UGCUUCGGUUGGGACUCCGUGGCCGGGUGCCGGAAAAUGCCCGGGUCAUUCGGCACCCCGUUCUCCACGGAUACCCAUCCGAAAAGACGUCCCCGACGCCAGGACUGGCCGCCCGACUCGGGGCAAACAGAGUUCCCGCUAGGAGACGGCGGGUGGCUUGAGGUUACACCUGAAACUGGUGCAGAUUCAGAUGAUGAAUCUCCCAAUGUUGAACUCAGCAAGAGCAACAAAGGUGCAUUAAUGGAUUUUCUAAGCCAAGAUGAGGGAAAUUUGAACAAGCAGUACUAUGAAAGGCUUAUGACCUUGAAGAACUCUGGUCGACAAAGACUGCUGGCACUGGGCAUGCAAUAUGAGCAGCAGAAGAAUAAAUUUAAAUCAGAAGAUGAGGGAAAAAUGGAAGACAUUGGACUGACAGAAGAAGUGAUCAAAUUCUUUGCAAUGAAUGAAGGAAGAAUUCCUGCGGACAACAGAUCCUCCAAGCCAAAUUCAUCUGGAAAUAUAAUGAGGAGAAAUUCCUACUCUGGUACUGAACACUGCAGUUUAACAGAUACAAAGGGAUCUGUUAAAAAGGAUUUUUUGCAGCCAAAAAAGCCCAGCAGACCUAAGAGUGCCACAUCAGCCUGGAUCUCACAGAUCACAGUCCCUCAGCCAUUCAACAUGACAAUGCGGGAGAGCCAGAAGAAUACAGAGGUUCUCAGAUCAAGGCUGACGAUGGAAAUGGAGAAACAGCUGGUGGAGAAGUGGCAGCAGGAAGAGGCAGAAUGCCAGAAGAAAUUCCGAGCCCUCCCUGUGCCCGGUCACAUUUACUUGCAACUUUAUGAUGAAAUCAAUGAACGGAAUGAAGAGAAGAGAAAGAAGGAAACAGAGAAACGGCAAGAAUAUCUGCUGUCCACACAGAAACCAUUUAGCUUCACAAAGAAGGAAGAAAGCAGGAAAGAAAAGUUGAAACAACAACUCUGUGCCGUAGUUCCAGAAACAGAGAGGACAGUAAAACGGAUAAAGAAAAUUCCCCGUUCUGUCCAGGACCCAUCAGUGAGUGAGAAACUCAAAGAAGAUGAACUUUACAGAAAAAUCAGGAUUCAGAUGAGAGCUGAAGAUUUGCUCAAAAAGGCUGCGGCACCUAUAGACCAUAAACCGAAAAAUCCGGUCACUACUAGCUCGAUGAGAACAAGACAGGAGAAGCUGAGCUUCCUGGAGGAAAAACCAAAGUUCAAGCCAAGGAUAAAUCCAGAAAUUCCCGACUAUACCAAACUGUACAAUGCAUUUCAAAGAGGAACAAGAAAAGAGACAAAAGUGUCAACAAAAUGUGUGCCCUUUGAACUGCAAACAUCAAAGUUGCCACCACAUCAAAGUAAAGCCAAGACUAUAGUACCAAAGGAAAAGGCAAAGAUUCACUUGAAGAGAAGUAAUUCUUUCAGUGAUAUUCGUUCACUAUCUUCUCAUACACUGCCCAUCUCUACGACAAAUGCUGCAAGGAAAAGGCAGUCGGCUGUCAGAAAAUCUCUGGAAGAACGAGGUAAGCAGGAAACAGAAAAAGCUGAAUGGAUGGAGAGGUACAAAAAGAAUGUCCAAGAUAUAAGCAAAACAGUAUCAAUCCGAGCUAAAGCAAUGGACCCUCAUCAAAGCCUUGCAGAGACCUUCAAAGAAGUAUUGAAGAAGCAUAGGCAGGCGGACCUCAGGAGGAAACAGGAGUACAAGAAGGAAUUAGAGGAGAUGAAAAGGAGAGUCUGCAGCCGACCGUACCUUUUUGAACAAGUUACUCAGAAAAAUGCCACUUUUGAGGCUGAGAAACGAUACCGUGAAGCACUACGGCAAGCUGGGGUGGAUGAAGAAUUUGUCUGGGACAAAGGAGGAAAUGCUGAGGAUAUUCCACUCUCAAUACCGGAUAUCGAAGAGAGCAGUCAUGACAGUGCAGACAGAGAAAAGAACAACUGUUACAGGUCAAGUGAAUCUUUGGAAAAUUUUAAAUCCUUGGAUGAAGAAAAGAACUUUAAGAUCAGGGAUGAAGAGAAUGAAGAGCAGGAUGAGGAUGGUGAGCAAGAAACUAGUUCUAAUACUGAUCAGGAGAAUUAUCUUGAUUCUCAAUUAAAGGAGAAUUCAGCCAGCGAACAGGAUGAGUAAUUCUGUACCUUAAAUAGUGGUGUCCUGGCACUGUUAAGGAAAUAUUUUUAUCCAUGUUGUAAGGGAGUAUUCAGGAAUUAAGUGAAUUUAGCAGUUAUUUAUUUAUUUUAGCAAGAAUCAGUCUUCAGUUCUUAUUGUACAUUGCAAGUAGUAAAUUGGUCAAAAUAACAGACUUCCCCACAAACUAAGGCUACAUCCACACGACGCUGGAUAAAUCCAUAACCAAAACUUUUUCUCUUAGUUUUUACCCUCCAUCCACACUAAAACGGCAUUUUCAUCCCCCGAAACCGGAGCUUUUCAGAAACACUUCCCAGGAUGGGUAUUUUUGAAAAUGCUGCUCGGGCAGAUCAGUGUGGAUGGGGUAACCGGGGACUUUUGAAAACACUGUCAGACAGCAGCGCGCUAUUUCAUUGUUUUCUUGAACGCAACCUAACAAUUUCAGAACAGACGGCAAUGGGACUGAAGCCAGAAGAGUUAAAAAUGUACUCACCAAAUACUUUGACCCAUAACUUACUGAAUAAGUAUACUGUACUCAUUUUGCCAUUUUCUGUCCUUGUUCCUAUGAAGGUGGUUUACCUAUUUAUGCAAGUACUUCUCUGACAAUAUAUGUGUAACAGCCCAAUGUAAUAUUGCAUGGAAAUACAAGAUAACACUGAUACAGACAUGUUUUAUACAUUUAACAAGGUGUUUUAUUAAUGCAACAGUUAGUCAGUUUUUCAAUGUUCGUCAUCAGCUGGGUCAUACAGUCCAUGAAUUCCCUGUCGUUUGCCUCCAUCCACUCCAGUACUUGUUUUUUUUUUAAGUUUUAAGUUCUCCUGCGCGAGAGCCAACAGUUGUCCGUCGUUUUUUAGAAGUUUUUCUAGUCUGUAACUACAUAAACGUGCACUUUUACAGCGAGAUUCGACACCAAACGUUGCUUAUUUUCAGUAAAUGUGUCCUGCGUAUGCAAUGUGGACGGAGGUAUUUUCAAAAAUGCAUAGUGUGGACGCCUAUCAUUUUUACGCGAAACCGGCAUUUUCAAAAUUAUCCAGUCUAAUGUGGAUGUAGCCUAAGAGAUUGCAUAUGCAUCAACUAAACAUUAAGACAGUGGGGUUGUGCUAAUUGCCCUGCAUCUAAUAUGGGUUUAAGGAAUUUACACCAAUUAAGGAAGCUUGCAAUAAGUUUGUCCCAGCAAAGCUAUUUCAACAUUCAGAAAUGUCUCCCAUCAUAGAUAUAUAAUUCAAAAGAAGCAUUAUCAACCCAAAAUAUUGAAGUAAGCAACAUCUUUGUAAGUAUUGAAACUGAAAUGAAUCAUCUAUUGAUCUUGAGGGUAUAAAAAUGUGAUAUACUUUGAAUUUGUGGGACUCCACCACGAGUGUCUUCACGAGAAUACCUGCUUGUUGUGAUGAAUAAGAUCACCAGCUUCAGUGUCUCUCCAUCCAGUGACUGCAAUCACAUUCACAACAUGUAACUUGAUUUUGCAUUAAACCAGUACAUUUUUUUCAGCUUGUGAACUUUGACAUAGAUGGGUUAACCAAAACAGUCAGCCAAUAUGCCAAAGAACCAUUUAAAAAUUAGCCACAAACACCUCAACUUAAUAAGCAACUUGAGUUACACAUAAUACAAUGUUUCUCAAGGUGUAAUAUCCUCAAAACUGUGUGCUAUUUAUACAUUUAAGUUUUUAUUUUAAUGCAUGCAGGAGGGCAGUGGGCAGGAUGACAAGGACGUCAUUUUACUCAAAGUACCAAUGCCCAAAGAAAAAAUAAAUUUAGGCCAUUCAGUUCUUACUGAAUUCUGGUUCUUUAAAAGAAUUAUCCAAUUAGUUCCACUCUAUACAUCUAUGCAAUUAUGUAAUCUUGAAAUAAUAAUUAUUACACAUUUUCUAUUUACAAAAGGGAUCUAAUAAUCACAAACUUUCAGACCAAAACUCAUGCAUAACUAUAAAAUAAAUUGAAUGUUAUGCAAUACAUUAUUUCCUUAUCCCAGCUACAGGAUUAUCCCACAGUCUAUUCUCUCUUUCAAUAGCUCUAUACUUGCUUCCAUUAAGUGUGCUAUAGAAGCAGAACACCCUUCUAUCUCUUGCAAAUUUUCAAGAUUUAGUUCCAACUAAAGUAAAUUACUUCUGCUUUGAUGUGUUAGAAACUUAUAACCAUGAAAUAUAUAACAGGAAAUAAUAUUUCUCGGAUUACUGUCAUCUAAUAACAAUUAGUGCAUUUUAAUUUCAUAACUGUGUACAUUCAAGACUUUAUUGAACACUUUGUUCCUUUCUAAAAUUAAAUUAUAAGUAAAUCAUUAUUAUGGAAGCAGUAGAAAUAUGGAGCUUACUGAUGCAUUAUUAUUGCUGUUUCUCUCUAGCGAAAUUAAAAUAUACAAACCAAAUUGAGGAAAUAAAGCUUGAGGAGUUGUAAAUAUUGUUUGUUGUUUAAAUUAUUUAUUACUUUUACCCAUGCACUAUAUGAUUACGGUCAUUUAAGAACACCACUGUUUAAGCGCUCUAGAAUUAAUAAAGUUUAUCUCCAAAAAUCUAAAAAAGAGGGUGGCAUGGCUGUACCUAACUUUCGUUUAUAUUAUUGGGCAGCCAAUAUACGUUGUGGUACCUUUUGGUCUUUUUUUCAUGGCCAACCCGAGUGCCCUAAUUGGGGGGCAAUGGAGUUGAGUUCCACUAAAGGUUUAUCUAUCUCUGCACUUCUUGGCUCUGUACUCCCUAGUAGUUUGUCCAGAUUAAUUGUUAAUCCUCUUGUUAGACACACUUUGCGUGUAUGGGCUCAGUUUAGGAAAUUUUAUGGUUUCCAGGGUUUUUCCUUUUCUAGCCCUAUCUUACAUAAUCACCUUUUUUUACCUACUACGUAUGAUUCAGCAUUCCAUGAUUGGUAUAGGAAGGGCAUUAGACAUUUUGAAGAUCUUUUUAUUGAUAAUCGCUUCGCAUCUUUUCAACAGCUCUCUGCUAAGUUCAAUCUGCCCAAUGCUCAUUUUUUUAGAUAUCUCCAAAUUAGACACUUUAUUAAUCCUUUAAUUCCUAACUUUCCUGAAAUGCCUGAGAAAAAUGUUAUGGAUUUAUUUCUUUCUAUUAAUCCACUAAGUAAAGGUUUAAAAUCAUUUAUUCAUGAUAAAUUAGCAUCCUUACGGCGUGCCCCUGUGGAUAAAAUUAGAAUGGCUUGGGAGCAUGAUUUAAAGAUCUCCUUAUCUGAUGAGACUUGGGACUUGAUUCUCAAAUCGGUUAAUUCAACCUCUCUUUGUGCUCGCCAUUGCCUUUUACAGUUUAAGAUUGUUCAUAGAGCCCAUAUGUCUAAAUCUAAACUAUCUCGAUUUUACCCUAAUAUUAGUCCUCUCUGUGAUAAAUGCAAAAGGGGCGAGGCCUCUCUCAUUCAUAUGUACUGGUUUUGUCCUAGUUUGGAGAAAUUUUGGAAAGAUGUCUUCAUAAUGUUAUUCUGAAUCACCACCUAGAACCUAACCCUUUAAUUGCUUUGUUCGGUUUUUUGGGUGAGACAGAUUUACGUCUGAGUUCGACUAAGUGUUGAAUAUUAUCUUUUGCUUCUCUCCUGGCUAGACGUUUAAUCCUCCUUAGAUGGAGAGAUGUUGCCCCACCCACGCAUGCUCAAUGGCUUAAUGAUAUUAUGUCCUGCUUAGACCUUGAAAAAAUUCAUUAUUCAGUUCUUAAUUCGGAUACAAAGUUCCAUAAGGUCUGGGGACCUUUUAUUGAGUACUUUCAUAACCUUCCACUUAACUAAGGUUUUUUUCGGUCCCUUGCUUUCAGCUCCUUUUUUUUUGGUAGUAGGCAUUAAUAUCUUCUGUUGCUAAGUGUAUUUACAGUUUUGGGGGUUUGAAUGUCCUGAUGUAUACUCUCUAUAUUGUGUUGUGGUUGGUCUGGAGUUCUUCUUUGUUGCGGGACUUGGGGAGGAUACUAAUUUUACAUGUCCUCAAUUUGGGUGCUUUCUCAAUUAUCUUUUGUAUUAUAUUAUUAUUGUAUGUUUAUUUUUGCACUGUAUUAAUGUUCUUUAUUUCGAUCUGGUUUUUUUUUAUCUGUCGUGAUGUAGAAAAUGUAUUAAAAAAACUAAUUAAAAAAACCCACUGUUAAUAAUUUC